UUGAUUUACUUUUGACUCGGUGUGUCUGACUUCAUAAGACCAAGUCGGGUUGUUAUGAAGCGUCUAGUGCAGGAGUGGGGAAACUUCUUGACUUGCGGGCCGAAUUGGGUUCUAAAUUUUGACUGGGGGGCCGAACCAGGAGCAGAUGGAUGUAGUGUUUGUGUGAAGUAAUAUAAAUGACAUGUAGCCUAGCCUCGGGAGAGUCCGCUGUCCUACAGGCGAUUGGCGCUUUGAGGGCUGAAUUGCUGACCAAGAUCGACGAGAAGGCGGAAAUGCAGAAGAAGGAGCUGUCCAAACAAAUAAGCAGCCUUGGAGACGAACUGAAGGCGGCUAUCGACCAUGCUAGCAACAGAGUUGGCGUCUUGGAGGAACGUAUGGCUAGCUUGGAGGAGGGUGCCAAUGGUCAAUCAGACAGAAUCACCGAGUUGGAACAACAAGUGUCCGAUUUACGGAAAGUAAUGUCAGACAUGACGGUGAAAACAGAGGACUUAGAAGCAAGGUCGAGGAGAGACAAUUUGCGAGUGUUCGGUGUCAGAGAGGGUCGUGAAUAUGGUGUAAGGGUGAGCACUUUUGUUGCGGAACUUCUGCAGCAACUACUGCAAAUGGAAACCACACCGGUAAUUGACCGGGCCCACCGCACCAAUCCACAAUCUGGCAAACCGGGACAAGAUCAGCCACCGAGAGCCUUCGUAGUGAAGUUCCAUUACUCUCAGGAAAAGGAGGCCAUUCUGAAGAAAGCUGCUUCCCAGAAGCUCGUCUCUAAAGAUGGGGACGUCAUACGAAUCUUCCCGGACUUCACGCAGCGAGUUGCAAGACAGAGAGCGGAGUUCGGCCCGGCGAGACAGAUACUAAGACAGUGCGAGGGAGUGAAAUAUGGACUUUUGUUCCCUGCGAGAUUGAAGGUAACGACCACGGAUGGCGUGCAGCUAGUGUUCUCCGACCCAGUGAGGGCAAUUGCGUUUGCCAAAGGUCUGAUGUCGGCAUGACUUGGGGACUCUUGAGACAUUAAAAAUUACAUAUUUGGGAUGAGACGUUUUCAUGGACAGCUAUUUGGGUUGGUGACGGCUCAUGCAUGGCAAUGUAAGGGCUGCACAUUUGAUGAUUCUUCAAAAGUGGAGCUUCUCAAGCAUUAUCGUGUCAAACAUGGUACAGUGGUCGUGGCCAUUGCCUUCAUUUAAGAUGUUCUUGCUCCUUUAAGACAUCGAGUGCCCUGCGUAUGCACUUCAAGAAAAGAAAGAUGCUGCAAGAGAGAGACAGCGGGCAUGAAUGAGUGUUCUACUUCAGAGUCAAAUUCUCAUUCAACAGACACCUGGUUGUCAUCAGAUGUCUCAUCGACCAUCUGGGAGAAGAUGCCAGUGUGUUGUUCAAGGACUUUGAGUCCAGGUGAGGUCGUCUGUGAUGUGGACCCCCAGGAAUUUGGUGCUGCUGACCACCUCCACAGCUGAGCUGUUGAUGAUCAGUGGAGCGUGGAUCAGGCUGUUGUCUCUGCACCACCCCACCAGCUGCUCCACCUCCUCUCUGUAGUCCAGGUCGUUGUUGUCUCUGAUGAGGCCCACCACCGUUGUGUCGUCUGCAAACCUCACAAUGUGAUUGGUGGUGAACCUGAGGACGCAGUCGUGUGUCAUCAGGGUGAACAGCAGGGGGCUCAGGACGCAGCCCUGAGGGGAGCCUGUGCUGAGGGUGAUGACAUCGGAGGUGUUCUGUCCGACCCGGACUGACUGAGGUCCGUUGGUGAGGAAGUCACCUGAAGCCCAGGUGUUCCAGUUUUCCUACCAGAUGCUGUGGGAUGAUGGUGUUAAACGCUGAACUGAAGUCCAGAAACAGCAUCCGCACAUGGGUGUUCUUCUCCUCCAGAGGCCGCGCCCGCACUCCAGGUCCGCGAGGAGGAAGUGCGCCAGAUGUUCCGGAGACGAAAGACCAGGAAGGCACCGGGCCCAGACGGUGUGUCACCUUCCUGCUUGAAAGUCUGCGCUGAUCAGCUGGCGCCCACCUUUGCACGGAUCUUCAACCGUUCUCUGGAGCUGUGUGAGGUGCCCUCAUGCUUCAAGAGCUCCACCAUCGUUCCAGUGGCCAAGAAGGCCGCCAUCACAGGUUUGAAUGACUAUAGACCCGUCGCACUGACAUCUGUGGUCAUGAAAUCUUUCGAGAGGUUAGUGCUGAACCACCUGAAGGAGGUCACGGGCCCCCUGCUUGACCCCCUCCAGUUUGCCUACCGGGCAAACAGGUCAGUGGAUGAUGCGGUCAACAUGGGACUGCACUACAUCCUGCACCACCUGAUCACCCCAGAAACGUACGCCAGGAUCCUGUUCGUCGUCUUCUCUCUCUACACCAAUGAUUUCUCCUCAGGUGACUCUCCUGUGAAGCUCCUGAAGUAUGCAGACGACACCACUCUCAUCGGACUGAUCCAGGACGGUGAUGAGACUGCGUACAGACAGGAGGUGGAGCGGCUGGUCCACUGGUGUAGCCAAAACCAUCUGGAGCUGAACCCGCUCAAGACCGUGGAGAUGAGAGUGGAUUUCAGGCGAGACCCUUCACCACUUUUACCCCUCACUAUCCGCAGUAAUACUAUGCUCUCCACAGACACCUUCAAGUUCCUGGGAACCACAAUCUCUUGGGACCUGAAAUGGACCGGCCACAUAGACUCUGUCCGGAAGAAGGCCCAGCAGAGGCUGUACUUCCUGAGACAGCUCAAGAAGUUCAACCUGCCGCGAGAGCUUCUGAAGACCUUCUACACUGCCAUCAUCCAGUCUGUCCUCUGCACCUCCAUCACUGUCUGGUUUGGAUCGGCCUCCAAACAAGACAAGCACAGACUGCAACGGACAAUCAGGACUGCAGGAAAGAUCAUUGGAAUCAACAUCCCAUCUAUCCAAGACUUUUACCUGUCCAGGACCAGGAAACGUGCAAGGAACAUCUCUACAGACCCUUCUCACCCAGGUUGCAAUCUGUUUGAACUACUACCCUCCGGACGGCGUUAUAGAGCUCGGUACGCCAAAACCAGCAGACACAGAGACAGCUUCUUCCCCCAGGCUGUUGCUCUGAUGAACUCACACCACUCAUAGAGUCUCAGAGUCAUUACUGUGCAAUAACAUCCUGCUCUUCACACCUUUUUGAAUUUGUCUACACUGUUUUUGCCAUUUUUCACAUGUCCUGAGUGUUGUUAGUCACUUAAAUGUUGACCAGAGGGUGUGAUUUACCGAAGUCAAAUUCCUUGUUUGGCAUGCUCAAACAUGGCGAAUAAAAACUCUUGAAUCUUGAAUAUAAGGCGCACCGGACUUUAAGGUGCACCAUAAAUGCAAUCACAUUAUAAUAACUUGAAAUAGUGAAAACAAUAACAAUAUAUCAAUAAUGUUAAUAUCACACAACACACAAAAUAAACAUGUAAAGCUUACUUUAAUAAGUACAAAACAAAACAGUCAGAUAGAUCAGUAAACUUUAAUUAUAAACAUUAAUAAAUAUUAAACAUUAAUCCAAUCACAAUAUACUAGUACAACACUCGAAAUAGUGAAAACAAUAACAAUAUAACAAUAACUCAACGUUGCUCAAACAUUAAUGCAAUCACAAUAUAAUAACAAUAACAAUAUAACAAACUCAACGUUGCUCAAACAUGAAUACAAUCACAAUAUAAUAACAAUAACAAUAUAUCAAUAACGUUAAUAUCACGCAACAAACAAAAAAAACAUGGUUAGCUCACUUCAGUAAAUUAGUCUUCAUCCACAAAUCCCUUAAAUUCUUCUUCUUCAGUGUCCGAAUUAAACAGUUGGGCGGAUACGGCAUCCACGCCUCUUCGAAGUCGUCAUUGUCAGUGUCGCUGCUGCUGUCUAGCACAGUUCAGUGACAAUUCCUGCCCUCCUGAAAGCUCGGACAACGGUUGAGACAGAAAUAUCAGCCCAUGCAUUUACGAUCCACUGGCAGAUAGUGGCGUAUGUCGUCCGGCGCUGUCUCCCUGUCUUGGUGAACGUGUGUUAGCCUUCUGUCAUCCACUGUUCCCACGCAGUUCGCAUCCUAGCUUUGAAAGCCCUGUUGACACUGAUAUCUAGCGGCUGGAGUUCUUUUGUCAAUCCACCUGGAAUGACGGCGAGUGUUGAAUUAGCGCGCUUUACUUGUUUUUUGACACCAUCUGUGAUGUGGGCGCGCAUGGAGUCAUAAAUAAACAGGGAGCUGUGUGAAAAAAGCCACCUGGUCUCAUCACGUAUAUUUCGCUCAACCACUUGCUCAUCUUCUUUUCAUCCAUCCAUCCAGCCUUUCCAGUUGGCUUUGAUGAUGACGCCGGCUGGAAAGUUUUCUUUUGGCAAGGUCUUCCUCUUGAAAAUAACCAUGGGGGGAAGUUUCUGCCCAUUAGCCUGUCAAGCGAGAACUACCGUGAAGGCUGAUUUCUAGGGGUGUAAAUCGCGUUUUUUUUUUUUUUUUUUUUUCACACGAUACGAUAUUUACCGAUAUCUUAAACACUGCUGUGAUUCAUUCACGAUACAUCACGAUAUAGUGCUCUACGAUCGAUACAUAUAUAUUUUUUUUUUAAAUAAAAAAUAUAGAACAAUCUCCUGAUUUAU